AAAGGUUGGACCAUGUUCCUGAGCCAGAGCCUGGUGUUCCUGGUGCUGUGUGUUGGAGUCUCAGCCGUGGAGGUGCAGCGUCCCCGCGGUGUCCCCCUGUCCAAACGGCAGUUUUAUGAAGAAGGCAAACCUUUCACUUGCCUGGAUGGAUCCCGCACCAUCCCCUUCGACAGAGUAAAUGAUGACUACUGUGACUGCCAAGAUGGAUCUGAUGAGCCAGGUACCGCUGCUUGUCCCAAUGGCAGCUUCCAUUGCACCAAUGCCGGUUUCCGACCGGGGUUCAUCCCUUCCUCCCGUAUCAAUGAUGGAAUCUGUGACUGCUGCGACACUACAGAUGAGUACAACAGUGGUGCCACCUGUGAGAACACCUGCAGGGAGAUGGGGCGCAAAGAAAGAGAGAGCCUGAAGGAGCUGGCAGAAAUUGCAAAGGAAGGCUUUUUAAUUAAACAGCAACUUAUUCAAGAGGCUAAAAGAGGCCAUGAGGAAAAGAAGGCCAAACUUGCAGAGGUUCAGGGCGGUAAGAAGGAUCUAGAAACAAAGGUGGAGGCUCUAAGAACAGUGAAAGAUACUGCAGAGCAGCCAGAAAAAGAAGCUAAAGAUCGCCAUCUAAAGGCCUGGGAAGAUCAAAAAGCUAUCGUUCGAAUGGAGAAAGAUAAGGCUAGAAUGGCUGAGGUGUUUGCUGAACUGGAUAAGGAUGUGGAUGGCUUCAUCUCAGUUGCUGAGCUCCUGUUUCAUUCAGAGCUUGAUCCAGAUUCAGAUGGUUCAUUCACAGAAGAAGAAGCUCAGGGCCUUUUUGGAGGAGCUGACAAUGUUGACACGGUAACAUUUGAAUCUGUUUGGAGUAAUAUCAAAGAUAAAUAUAUAUCUGAGUCCAGUGCAGACAACCCAGCACCCGUGGACACUUCCACCGAGGAAACAAGGGAGCCUGUUUCUGACAAUGACUCCGAGCCAUACCCCGAAGAUGACAUACAAGAGGAGGAGGACGAUGAUGAAGAUGAGGGGGAAGAUGAUGACAUGGAUGAAGCAGACUAUAAGGCCCCUCCUUCAGUGCAGACUCGAGAAAAGAAGGACAAUGAAGAGGAGACGAUGCCACCCUACGACCAAGAAACGCAGAACUUGAUUGAUGCUGCUCAGAAAGCCAGGGACGAGUUCGAUGAGGUUGAGAAGGCUCUACGGGAGGUGGACGAUCAGGUCAGAAACCUUGAAAAGGAAAUCUCAUUUGACUUUGGACCAAGUGCUGAAUUUACCUACCUCUACAGCCAGUGUUAUGAGCUGAAUACUAGCGAGUAUAUCUACAAGCUCUGCCCAUUCAACAGAGUAUCCCAGAAACCCAAGUUUGGUGGAUCAGAAACUAAUUUAGGAGCCUGGGGGAAAUGGGCAGGUCCUGAGGAUAACAUCUACUCUAUGAUGAAAUAUGAACAUGGUACAGGGUGCUGGCAAGGCCCCAGCAGAUCCACCACUGUAAAAAUAACAUGUGGGAAGGAGACAACUGUGGUAUCUACUUCAGAGCCCAGCCGCUGUGAAUACCUUAUGGAGUUCAUCAGCCCUGCGAUCUGCCAAGAGCCUCAAAGCGUGGAUUCACUUCAUGACCAUGAAGAACUCUAGGUGCUUAUGAUUUGUUACUAAGGGGACCACAAUCAGUGCAGCAAGUUUCCAUGCUGUGUGCAACAUGUCAUUGCUUUCUGUUAUUUUAAAGAUAAAUGUAUGAAAAUUCCAGUGAGUAGUUAAUUGUAGUAUGAUGAACACGUCUAUCUUCCACAGCUACCUGCUGUGAUGAUUCUUGUUUGUAAUAGUUGGUGUCAUUCCAUUGUUUUUCCAUUAAAGUCCUUUUUUAAAUCGUG